ACUUCUCCAUCAUCUUGAAAAGGAAGCCCCUGCCAUGAUUCUCACAGAGGAUGGGAACAAAGAAUCCAAUCCAGAGCAUGAAAUCUGGUUGAACAAUGAUGGAUUGCUUAUGAGUUGGUUACUCGGAACCAUGAAUGAAGAAGUACUGAGUCUAGUUGUGAGGUGUAAUACAGCAACCAAAUCUGGAGAUGCCUUGAGGAAUGUUACCUUGCCUCCUCUAAGGAAUAGGAACUCUAUCUCAAAGGGCAAUUGAAUUGCUAGACAUACUGCUCUAGAGUGUUGGUAUAGAUUUGACCAUGCCUAUCAAAGUGAAGAACUUCCUCAAGCACUAGCAGCACUCACCUUGAUGAAGGAUAAAGAUACAAAUUACUAUAUUGACACUGGUGCCUCUAAUCAUAUGACUUUAGAUUCAGGUAAACUCUAUUUUAAAAGACCGUAUUAUGGUAAUCAAAAGGUUCUCACAGGUGAUGGUAUUCCAUUGAAUAUUUCUCAUGUUGGCUCUACAUUUGUUGGUGCAUUAAAUCUUAAUAAUGUUCUUGUUGUUCUUGAACUUAAGAAAAAUCUCAUUUUAGUUAGUAAAUUUAUUGAUGAAAAUCCAUGUAUUUUUGAAUUCUCAUCUGAUGGCUUUGUGAUUAAGGACCAAGUAACACAGGUUGUGCUGGCCAAAGGAACUCGAAAAGGGCAAUUCUAUGCAUUGGAGGAAGGAGAAAAACAUGCCCUGGCAGCUAUCUCAAAUAAGGCUACAGGCUCUAUUCGGCAUCAAAGACUUGGGCAUCCAAAUGCCAACAUGCUUAAGGCUUUAGCUUCUAAAAAGAAUAUUGUGGUGUCAAAAUGGACUCAACCCCCUAGCUUGUGCUCUAGUUGUCAAAUGGGGAAGAGUUGUAGACUUCCUUUCACUAAGAAUAAUGAAAAAGCUGAAAGUGUUUUCCAUAUCUUAGAGAUCAUGCUGCUCAUAAGCUCUAACCAAGGUCCUUACCAUGUGUGUUUCUUGGAUGCAGUUCCAUUCACAAGGGAUACAAGUGCUUGCACCCACCUACAAAGUGGCGAACUUUGCAAAUACCCAGAUCAUGAUGAAUGGAUACAAAGUUUCUCUCAUGUACAACCCUCACAAAAACUAGAAAAGCAUGUGUCUAUGCCUUCUCAACAUGAACACAUCACAAACAUUGACAUUGAUGGUCCUAAGGAUGAACAAACCAAUGCUAAUCCUAAUGCAACAAAUAUUUUGAAUGAGGUGUCUGUUGAAGAGCUAAUCGAGAGAGAUUAUAUUCAAUCAAAUACAGUGCAUAAGACUCUUACCACCAACAAUACUCAGACUAUUGAUACCCCAACUCCUAGUUCUCAAGAAAAGGCAGAACCUCACCAAACUAAUGAGCUUAAGGCACUUCAUAAGAAUAACACCUGGACACUAGUUCCUCCACCUUCAUCCAAGGCAAGCACUGUGGGUUCAAAAUGGAUUUUUAAGAUAAAACUCAAGCCAAAUGGGACUGUGGACAGAUUUAAGGCAUGGUUAGUUGCAAAAGGGUUCUCUCAGAUACUUGGUGUAGAUUUUGAUAAAACUUUCAGCCCUGUUCUUAAAUCAACCACCUUGCGUCUAGUUAUUGCCAUUGCUACAACUUUAUCAUGGCCUUUACGCCAACUCGAUGUAAAGAAUGCCUUCCUUCAUGGUGAGCUCAAAGAAGUAGUCUACAUGACACAACCACCUAGAUUCAAGGACCCAAGUCAUCUUGAGUAUGCCUGCAAACUUAACAAGUCCAUCUAUUGUCUCAAACAAGCACCUUGGGCUUGGUUUGAUACAUUCACCUUUUAUUUACUGACAAUGGGAUUCUGUUGUAGUAGAGUAGAUUCCUCUCUAUUUGUACCCUAUAAGGAUCAUCACACUGCUUUACUACUUCUCUAUGAGGAUGAUAUUGUGCUUACUGCAAGCUCUAAAACACUACUACAACACAUUGUUGAGAAUCCUAGUGGGAAAUUUGCCCUUAAAGAUCUUGGUUCCCUUAGUUACUUCUUAGGGAUAAAAGUGCAAAAGUUCUCUAGUGGCAUAUUUUUAUCCCAAAGUAAGUAUGCAAAUGAUGUCCUUACACGAGCCUCCAUGCUUAAGGCUUCUACAAUCGCUACGCUAAUGGCUAUCAAGGAAACUACGACCUUACGACAUGAAGAACUAGUUGAUCCACAAGAGUACAGAAGGAUUGUGGGUGCACUUCAGUACCUAACUAUUACAAGUGUAGAUGUUGCCCAUGCUGUUAAUAAAGUACGUCAGUUUAUGCAACAACUGACAAUUGCCAAUUUUCGACAAGUCAAAAGGAUUCUAAGAUAUGUCAAAGGGAGCCUUCAUCAUGGACUUCGAUUCUACUCUACCAGCACAGUCUCCCUAAUAGGGUUCUAUGAUGCAGAUUGGGCAAGCUAUCCACUUACAAGGAGAAGCACAACAGGUUACUGCAUUUUCCUAGAAGCUAAUUGUAUCUCAUGGUCUUCAAAGAAACAUCCCACCAUUGCUCAUUCCUCUACAGAAGCAUAAUACAAAGCCUUGGCAUCAACCGCGGCAGAGAUUGUAUGGAUUACUUACCUUUUCCGUGAUAUUGGCAUUUCCUUUGCACAUCCACCUCAAAUUUUUUCUGA